AAUAUCGUACCAAAGCAAUCGUAUGUGUUUUAAUAUCAGUUGCAUUGUCCCUCGUCGGUGUUGUUGGAACUUAUAUUCUAGAGAGAAAUAUACGACAACAUUUUCCAAUCCAUAAAAACCCGAAGACAGAUAUAGACAUACAAACACAAGAUGACCAGCUAAUUCCAAAUGAUAUUCGAGUUUUAGAUUACGGUCUGCUGCAAGAAGACGCAAAAGAGAAAAACUCCAAUGACGCUGGAUUUAACAAAAAUGGAGAGCCUACACUUUACGUUGCUUGUAGAGAAGGACACAUAGAAACAGUUAGUGUGUUAUUGCAGAACAAUGCUGACUUCUCUCAGUGUAACCAUGAUGGAGAGUCACUGUUAUAUCUUGCCUGUGCAGGAGGACACAAAGAUAUAGUGAAUCUGCUACUAAAAAGCAACGCUUGUGUUUCUCAAUGUAACAGAAGUGGACAGUUUCCAUUGCACGUGGCCUGUAGAGGAGGACAUACCGAUACAAUGCAGUUGUUACUGAAAAGCAAUGCUAAUGCCUCUCAAUGUAACAGAUUUGGAGAGUCUCCAUUGUAUGUAGCCAGUAAACUUGGACACACAAAAACAGUGAAUGUGCUACUACAAAACAAUUCUAAUAUAUUUCGUUGUACGAGUAGGGGAGAGUCUCCAUUGUAUACUGCGUGUAAAGGAGGACAUACAAUUAUAGUGGAACGGCUACUGCAGAACAAUGCUGCUGUUUUGCAGAGUAGACGGAAUGGAGACUUUCCAUUAUAUGUCGCCUGUAGAUAUGGCCACACAGAAACAGUGGAACUUUUACUGAAAAAUCAUGCUGACCUUUCUCAGUAUAAUAGUACCGGACAGUAUGCAUUGGGUGUGGCCUGUUUACAGGGACACAAAGACACAGUCAUACUUUUACUGCAUUGGAAGGCCGAUGUCUCACAAUGUAACCGUGAUGGAAAGUCGCCAUUGUAUUUGGCAUGUGCAGGUGGGCAUAUAGAUAUAGUGCACGUGCUGUUGCUAAACAAUGCUAAUGUAUCUAAGUCCGACCUAAGGGGAAUUUCUCCGCUGUAUUUGGCAUGCGAAAAAGGUCAUACAGGUACAGUGGAAUUGUUACUGCAGAACAAAGCUGAUUUGUUUCAGAAUAACAAAUGGUCAGAGUCUUCAUUGUAUGCGGCUUGUAGAGGAGGACAUACAGAGCCAGUGAAACUUUUACUGCAGAAAGAUGCCGAUGUCUCUCAGUCUAAUCGUGACGGGCAGUCUCCUUUAUUCAUUGCAUCCGCAGAAGGAUAUACUGAUAUAGUAGAACAGUUACUGACAAAAAAUGCUGAUGUCCAUCAAUGUGACACGUGGGAAAUGUCCCCAUUGUAUAUAGCCUGUAAAGGAGGAUAUAAGGGUACAGUUCAACUGUUACUAAUGAACCAUGCCGAUGUCAAUAAGUGUAAUCAAUGGUUAGAGUCUCCAUUGUAUGUGGCCUGUAGAAAAGGACAUACAGAUAUAGUUGAAGUUUUACUUGAGAACAAAGCUGAUGUUUCUCAGUGUGACCAUUGGUCAGAAUCUCCGUUGUACGUGGCCUGUAAAGGAGGAAAUCCAAACAUAGUUAAACAGUUACUUCAGAAAAAUGCUGAUGUCUGUCAAUGUGAACAACCAGGAGGACAGUCACCUUUACAUGCGGCUUGCAAAAUUGACCCUUUCGAUGAGUUUGGAUCAAAUGAAGAUGCGUAUGAAAAAAAAUAUAAAGACUGUAUUGAAAUUGUGAAACUAUUAAUUGCAAGGAAUGCAGAUGUAAGAAUGUGUAAUAAAAGAGGUUUCACACCAUUAGAUAUAGCCCGUACCUUGCACUGCUUGGAAAUUGUCAAUCUUCUUACAGAAAGUCUAAAAUUGAAAAACAAUUAAAAAUAAAAACUAAUUGUUCAGAAAAAAAUUGAAGGUCUUUCCAUUCGUUUGGUGUGUUUGAGCUUAUGAUUUUGCCAUUUGCUUCGGGACUUUCCGCUUAGAAUUUUCCUCAGUCAAGUAAUAGCUUAUUUUAUGCUGAUUCUCAAAAUAUAUAGUUUUUAUAAAUUUUUGUAUUUAGUAAGAGAUUUAUGUUGUUAAUUCCGGUUUAAGAAAAGGUCAACUUUCGAUGAUAUUUUUUCAAGGUCAUGUUUCUACCAUCCUGAUGCAAAAGACCAAAUAACUUUGUCAUAUAUAAUAUGAAUCAUUAGCAAAGGUCAAAAUCUAGAAUAUCAAAUUUACCUUUGACCUUCAGCUUAAUUUCAGUAAUAACCGUUGCUGUAAGAAUAUUCAUAUAGUGUUAAAUUAGGAAAUCAUUUCAAAUUACGGAUUGUAUUUCACUCUCAUGGAAAGGUCUGAUUCCGCGUCAGUUUAAAUAUUGAACGGCAUAACUUAAUAAACAGAGUUGCUAAAUGCCUUUUUAAUUGAAUAUUGCUUAUAAAGAAUAUAAAUAUGUUAAGUGUAUGGAAUACUAUCAAUAAAAGAAAUUGAAGAUUACCAAGACAAAGCUUUAUGAACAUUUCAAACGGUAAGACAAAAACGUAAUAUCGAAAUUCUUUUGAUGUACUUCAAAAUAUUAUCUAACAUUCCAAUAUAUAUUUAAAAAAAAUAUUUUUUUAUGCAUUUUCUAAAAAAAAAUCAUGAAAAAUAAACAUUUAGAAUUUGUGUACUGCGGUCUUGUAGA